CGGCAGAUCUGGGUAACUGUUCACCCUCUGACAUCAGAAACCUCCGAUGCAGCACCCGAGAACGCAGCUGCAAAAUCCCUGAUCAAGAACAUGAAGCUCCUUCCCGUCUUCACAGCUGCAUCCUGCUUCACGCCCCCAGGUCCCCCUUUUUUUGUACUACGAGUGAUGAAGGUUUUUUUCCGGAUCACAUGAGCCAGGAUGAAGGGGGAAAAUCCUGCCAGGAAAAGAGAUGGGCUGCAACUUGAACCUGAUCAAGGGGAGAUACAGAGCAGCACCCUGAGAGCUAUAUAAGAAUGGGCUCGGCACAAGAGCAAACACUUUUUCAGGCGAAGGACUUGCAUGAGUCAGCCAUGCAUGUGAAGGAAGACUCCGUUUCAAGGGGGCUUGGAGCCACUAACAGAACAUGUUUGUAUUUCGUCAUCGCUACCCUUGCUGCGUUACUCAUCUUUGCAUUAGCCACCAUCAUGGUCUUAGUCGUUCAGAGGAUGGCAGUGGAUCCUGCCACAGAGGGCAUUGCAAAACCAUUCAAGACAGGGAACACCUCCGAAGACUAUUUAAGAAUCCUACAGAACGUCCCGACCGAGGGAGCGGCUGCGUACAUGAGAGUGUUCAAGCAAGUAAACAGUUCAAAACUGAGCUUGGUUGAGAAGGGCAUUUGUGAAGACAUCCAGUGCAAGAGAGAAGAGCUGGUGAUAAAGAAACAAGGCCUCUACUUGAUCUAUUGCCACUUGAACUUUUAUUUCCCCAGCUGGUCAAACAGUCCCACCGACCUCAAGAUAGAGCUCCUUGUGAAUGACCAAGUCAACAGGCAAACGUUAUCCACAUGGUGCGCCUCCGAAACGUGCCACAAGAAGACUUUUAAGACCUUGUUCCAGCUCCAUUUGACACCCCUUAAUGUGAAGGACCGAGUAUCAGUAACACUCAAUCAUCCUAAAUUCUUAAAUGAAAUUUUUCUUCCCAAUGAAAAUGUUCUUGGGGUCUUGAGGUACAGUGAUGACAUGUGAGCAGCUCUCUGACUUCCCACUGCUGCCCAGAUUGAUCUUUCCCCGAACGAGAGUAGUCUGUUUUUAUUAGGCAACACCUUUAGGAGCUUUGUGAGUAUCCCAGAACAAACCCUAAAACACUGCAAAACCCACACCUGACAGAUUCUUCUGGUGUGAUUUGGGGUUGGAUUGUUGUUGGACUACCCAGUAUACAACCCACAUACCUGACAAUGGUUCCUCAAAGCAAUACUGUGUAAACCCAGAUUAAAACAUAACCAGAUUAUGGGAAGAAUACACAAUAUUGAGACUUGUUGGGUAAUGGACCAUUGGCAAGGUGCCUGUGCUCAGGAGAUGGGGGAAUCUUUUUAACUGAAUUUUAUGGAGUAGUAUUUUGACAUGGACUUACCAAAAAACUAACAAUCAAAGCUUGUAAUCUGGGUUUUCUUUACAAGAACCUUGAAACCGUAACUCUGGAGUAGGUUUAUGGAUAGAAUGUAUGAAAGCAAAGGCAACGGUAUUAUUGACUUUCAAGCUAAAACUCUGGGACAAGACACAGAAGAUAGGGGAUUUACAGGAUAUUUCUGUGCUGCAUCCUGCUAUGGACUUUGUGCAAUUUAUUUCCAAGUGCCUUCUUUUUCACUAUUUAACCAUCUUUUCAAUUUAAAUAUUAAGCUGUUUGGGGCAGAGACUGUGUAUAUGCGCAAUGCUCAGUCUCUGGUCUCACCUGGGGUUGCUAGACCUUUUCAUAACAAAUAUUAGAACAGUAAUCUAGUUGCAGAUCUAGCCACAUAGCUAAGCUCAUCACUGUAUGUUUUCCUUGAAUCCUGUCCUGCCUGUUUGACAGAGCCCUGCAUGACAGCAGGCCACACUGGUGUGGAAAGACACCUCUAAUGCUUUCACCUUCUGAAAAGCCAAGAUUUAUAUCUGAGGUCCAGACUUUCCCAAAAACAACUUCAGGCUUGGCUCUCAGCCAGGAGCUGUGGAGUUUGUGCAGUCCAGAGGACAGAUAUUAUCUGAGCUUCUUUGGUUUAGUUGAAUCCUUAGAUAAUGAAGGAUUAAAGAGUAAUCUCAGGCUCUCUUAGUCUAUGAAUUGCAGUAACACAGGUGUGUAUUUGAGAUUUAAUUAUUACAGUGUGAAGAUAGGAUCAAAAAGUUACAAAAGCUGGUACCAGUUCACUGCUUUCUCUUUUCCCUUCAUCCCUGAGAUCCUACUAGGGUCUAUUUUCACUAGUAUUCAAGUUUUUCCCCUUGUGUUCUUGUAUCUUCUUUCCUUUACACGUCUAGAGAUCAGUGGACUGUUCACAUCAAAAUAUUUAGUCACAGAUUUAGUUUCUAGCUUCAGAAACGCAGUGUCUUCUUAUUCAAGCUUAGUUGAUGUUGUCAACCGAGGUAGUUUAGUUUGCAUGAGCACACUCAAAAAUACUCCUAAUAGCAGUAAUCUGUUAACUGUGCUAUGUCACCAGAAACUGAUGGUACAGCAUGGUGAGGUUUCAUCCCAUUGACCAGCUGACUUCAAAAUACACAAGAAACUUUCAAAGCGCUCAUGAGCAAUCGGCAGGAUUCAUUGCUAGAGAUACUGUUUUGAUGCACAUAGAAUUAUAGAAUGGUUAGGGUUGGGAAGGACAAAAAUUCCUUUUGCUAUUAAUGUGGGGAAAAAAGGAAACAAGAAAACUAAAUCCAUGUUUUCUUUCUUUCUUUUCCCCUUACAGAAAAGGCUUAUCUUGCCUAUGACAUUAUAACCUCCACUGAGGUCUUCUCACCUCCCUAGGCCCUAUAAAUCUUUCAAGUCUAUGAAUAAGGUUUUUAACCUUUGUCUGCCUUCACCUCGAUGCACACAGUGGGUGCCCAGAGAAGUUUAAGCGAGCCCAGCAGCCAGGAAUCAUAGCUCCUGAAUAUAGAAAAGGCAGCUAAUGAAUGAAGAUAUGCAUUUACUCACAUGUAACGACCCACUCCCUUUUCCUAACAGCUUUGAAUAGAAAAAGAAAGACCAUUCUUAAAAAAAAAAAUAAAAAAAAAAUCAGUGCUCUGCAUAGGAUGAUUUUAUUCUAUUAUUUUACCAGAUGGAGAAAAUCCUAACAAAGCAGUGCUAAGCUUCUCAGCCCUAGGCUUUUUAAUACCACAGGAUAAAGCAAUCUGGCCUCUACUCUGUUGUCUCUGAGAAAUAAGAAUAAAUUAUAGCCAUAAAGAGAGCCCAUUAGUAGUGUGCAAUUUUGCCAUCAGUUAGACAAUGUUAAAUUCCUUCCAGUGAAACAAGACACUGAGCCAGCAGCAGCCUCCAUGCUUCCUGGCAGACUCCAAGACACUUCACUCUUUCAUCCUUUUGCCUU